AUGGUAAAACCGCUCACAUUCAAAGGCGACAAGAAACCCAAAAAGCGAAAGCGCACCGAAACGACCGAGGGCGCGGGCCAAGAUGACGACCCCGGACGUAAGCAGGUCAAGGCUGCCAAAGCCGCGGCGGACGCCGACGAAGCCGAGAACGAUGACAGCUGGGUCUCGGCCGACGCCGUGACGGAUGUCUCCGGGCCCGUCAUGUUUGUACUGCCCACGGAGCCGCCGAGCGCGCUGGCUUGCGAUGCCAACGGCAAGGUCUUCACUCUGCCCGUCGAGAACAUUGUCGACGGCAACCCGUCGACGGCCGAGCCGCACGACGUGCGCCAGGUCUGGGUCGCCAACCGGAUCGCGGGGACAGAGCACUUUAGGUUCAAGGGGCAUCACGGAAAAUACCUAUCCUGCUCCAAAAUCGGCGUCUUCUCCGCCACCUCGGACGCCAUCUCCCCGCUCGAAUCAUUCAACCUAAUCUCCACACCCGACACACCGGGCACAUUCCAAAUCCAAACACUACGCGACACCUUCCUCACCGUCCGCUCCCUAUCCAAGGCGCCGCCGCCGCACCAGUUUGAAGUGCGCGGCGACGAGACCGAGAUCACGUUUGACACGACGCUGCGCGUGCGCAUGCAGGCCCGCUUCAAGCCGCGCAUCAAGGCGUCCAAGGAGGAGCGGGCCAAGGAGCGCAUCACGCGGCGCGAGCUCGAGGAGGCCGCCGGCCGCAGGCUGGACGAGGACGAGGUCAAGAUGCUGAAGCGCGCCCGGAGGGAGGGGAAUUAUCAUGAGGCGUUGCUUGAUAUCAAGGUUAAGAGUAAGCAUGACAAGUUUGGAUGA